AUGAAGUAUCUUGGAGAGCUAGCAGUACUACUAAUUCAAUCCAGAGCUGCUCACCGUUCUGCCGUUUGCCGUGUCGGAAGUGAAAUGUGUCAUCGAUUCAAGACCCAAGUGCUGCAUUUGGGGCCAGUCACAGGCGACGGGCCGUUUCUUCCUACCGAUGUUGCUGCCAUCCUGAGCUGCACGGUGAAAGCCCUGCAGGACGGUCACGUGGUGGCCGUGCCCACCGACACCAUCUACGGUCUGGCUUGUCUGGCUCAGAACUCGGCAGCCGUCCGCCACAUCUACGACAUCAAGGAGCGCAACGAACAGAAGCCCUUGGCCAUUUGCGUGGGCGAAAUCCACGACAUAUACAAAUACUGUAAGGUGAAAGUGAAAGAGGACCUCCUCCGCGACCUGCUGCCAGGCCCGGUCACACUGGUGCUGGAAAGGUCGCCAAUACUCAACAAAGACCUCAACCCCUUCACGUCGCUGGUAGGCGUCCGUAUUCCAGACUGCGCCUUCAUGCGCCGUCUCUGUCAGAUGUGCGGCGAGCCGCUGGCGCUGACCAGCGCCAACGUCAGCGCGCAAAACAGCACCGUGGCCGUCCAUGAAUUUCAAGAUCUUUGGCCCAAGUUAGCCGUGGUGGUGGACGGAGGACCGAUAGGAGACCAGAGCCGCCUCGGAUCCACCGUGGUGGACCUGUCGGCGCACGGCAGGUACCGCAUCGUAAGACCCGGCUGCGCCUUUUCCUCAACGGUGAAGGUCCUGGAAGGCAAAUACGGACUCACCUUGGAGCUGUUGGGAUGAAUAUUCAAAAUGCAACACACAAUCAAGAUUCUUAAUGGUCAUUUCCAAACCUGAAGAAAUAAGGCGCCGGCCGGUCGGAUUUUUAGACUGACACUCCAUUUGACAGUUUUUCCCCGUAUUUUUUUUCUUGGGAUCACGUGGCGCUUCCUUCUCCACCAUUUGGUCGAAUCCAAAUCAUUGUACCUCGUUACCACCGCUCAUGUGUAAUAUAUAGAUAUAUAGAA